AUGGCCUCCACCACUCAAGCCCACCAUACCGAAGGAGGGCAUGAGCUGAAGCUGGACCCAGAUAUAUCUGAGGAUAGUGAAUCUCGCAAAGAACAGGAAGUGCUCAAGCUAGCUCGUGAGUUCACAAACAGGUCAACCAAGUCUCAACACCAACAACCCCUGUUCGGUGCGAAUCCUGGAAAACAGCUGGACCCCAAAAAUCUAGAGUUCAACGCUAGAUCCUGGGCGAAGGCAUUUUAUAAUGUGCGCUAUAAGGCAGAGGGCAAUUCGCAGCCAAGGGUGGUGGGGGUCGCUUUUAAGAACCUGAACGUGUAUGGCUAUGGUACUGCUACCGAUUAUCAAAUGAGCGUUGGCAAUGCCUUUCUUAAGCUACCGUCCAUGGCCCUUCGCUUUUUCAGUGGAAAGCAGAAACAUAAGGUCGAUAUUCUUCGAGAUCUCGAUGGACUGGUCCUCCCUGGGGAGCAGCUAUGCGCUUUGGGCCCUCCUGGAUCAGGCUGUUCGACGCUACUGAAGACAAUCGCUGGCGACACACAUGGCUUCCAAGUUCACCCGUCUUCGUAUAUCAACUACCAUGGUAUUACUCCACAACAGAUGUCUACUUCGUUUCGAGGGGAGGCCAUCUAUACCGCAGAAGUCGACACGCAUUUUCCCAUGCUUUCCGUGGGUGAUACGCUUUACUUCGCUGCACUUGCCCGCACUCCCUACCAGAUCCCUGCAGGCGUCAGCCGUGAGGAAUACGCUAUCCAUCUGCGUGAUGUUAUUAUGGCCAUGUUUGGUAUAAGUCACACUAUCAACACUCGGGUAGGCAAUGAUUUUGUCCGAGGAGUCAGUGGAGGAGAGAGAAAGCGCGUGACGAUCGCUGAAGCCUCACUAAGCUAUGCCCCAUUGCAAUGCUGGGAUAACAGUACGCGAGGCUUGGAUAGUGCCAACGCUGUCGAGUUUUGCAAGACCCUGCGCACGCAGAGUGAUGUUUUUGGGACGACUUCGUGCAUUGCCAUCUACCAGGCUCCUCAGGCAGCCUAUGAAUUAUUCCACAAAGUAACAGUCUUGUACGAAGGGCGACAGAUAUAUUUCGGCAAGGCUGAUGAAGCCAAAGCAUACUUCGAACGACUUGGCUUCCAGUGCCCUGAUUCACAAACCACGGCUGACUUCCUCACCUCAAUGACGAACCCUGUGGAGCGAGUGAUCAAACCAGGAUAUGAACACCUGGUGCCACGAACAGCUGAUGAAUUUGCUCAGAGAUGGAAAGAUAGUCCCGAGCGUCAGGAGCUUUUGCUCCAGAUCGAAGAGUAUGCUGGGGAUCACCCGUUUGGAGGAUCUGACCUCGAGCAAUUUGCUCAAUUAAGAGCAAUUGAAAAAUCCUCCAAUCAACGCCAAAAGUCACCGUAUACCCUUUCCUACUGGAGUCAAAUUAAAUUGUGCUUGUGGCGUGGGGUACGACAGCUAAAAAAUGACCCCAGUGUCACGCUUGCCAUGCUAAUUGGAAAUUUCUUUGAAGCAUUGAUUAUUUCCAGUGUCUUCUAUAAUCUUGCGAACGACACAACCUCCUUUUUUUCACGGGGUGCCCUGCUAUUCUUGAUGGUUGUGAUGAAUGCUUUUGCAAGCUUACUUGAAAUCCUGUCACUUUAUGCGAAACGACAGAUUGUGGAAAAGCACAAUCGGUAUGCACUAUAUCAUCCGAGCGCCGAGGCAAUCGCUUCGAUCAUUGUUGACAUGCCAUACAAGAUCACCAACACGCUGUUGGUGAACACGACCCUAUACUUCAUGGGCCACCUUCGUCGAGAACCUGGGCCGUUCUUCUUCUACCUACUACUCUCGUUCUUUAUAAUGAUGUCAAUGUCUAUGUUUUUCCGUCUCUUUGCCUCAGUGACCAAGACCAUUGCUCAGGCUCUAGCUCCUUCGGGUAUUAUUAUGAUGGGUCUAGUCUUAUAUACCGGCUUUGCACUACCCGUGGCAUACAUGCGUGGUUGGGCUCAGUGGAUUCGUUACAUAAACCCCAUAUCCUAUGGGUUUGAAUCUGUAAUGGUUAACGAAUUCCACGGACGUGAAUUCCCGUGUGCCUCGUUCGUUCCAUCUGGGCCUGGGUAUGAGAACGUUUCUCCAGAUCAACGUGUCUGUUCUACAGCAGGCUCUCUUCCCGGUUUGAAUACUGUCAGCGGCACAGCAUUUGUCCAGAGUUCCUACCACUAUUUUAACAGCCACCGUUGGCGUAAUUUUGGUAUUAUUAUUGCUUUCACCGUCUUUCUUGGUUUUUGCCAUCUAGUGAUGUCAGAGUUGGUAGCCUCUGAGCGUUCUAAAGGAGAAGUCCUUGUAUUUCGGCGUGGCAAGGCACACAAAUCCAAGGCGAAACGAUCGCAGCUUGACGAGGAACAGUCAGGCUCCCCCAGUGUUCAGCAUGAGAAACAUGACAAUAGCGUGGACUCGGAUGCCGAUGUCGACCAGCAAGUCUCCAUUUUCCAUUGGGAAAACGUAUGUUAUGACAUCAAGAUCAAGAACGAACCUCGACGGAUCCUGGACAAUGUUGAUGGGUGGAUUAAGCCGGGCACAUUAACUGCACUAAUGGGUGUUUCUGGAGCGGGCAAAACCACUCUCCUUGACGUACUCGCCAGCCGCACUACAGUUGGGGUUAUCUCCGGUGACAUGCUCGUCGACGGUCGACAACGUGAUGAAUCAUUCCAGCGCAAAACGGGAUACGUACAGCAACAGGACUUGCAUCUCCAUACAUCCACCGUCCGUGAGGCCCUUGAAUUUAGUGCUCUUCUCCGACAGCCAAGUCAUUUCACUCGCCAAGAAAAACUGGACUACGUAAAUAAGGUUAUUAGUCUCCUUAAUAUGGACGAAUAUGCAGACGCUAUAGUUGGAGUUCCUGGAGAAGGUCUCAACGUGGAACAGCGCAAGCGCUUGACAAUUGGUGUGGAGCUCGCUGCUCGCCCGAAACUGCUUUUCUUUCUUGAUGAACCAACCUCCGGUCUGGACAGUCAAACGUCAUGGUCAAUCUGUAACCUCAUGGAGAAGCUAACUCGCAACGGCCAAGCCAUUCUGUGUACCAUCCAUCAACCCUCUGCAAUGCUCUUCCAGCGCUUCGAUAGACUACUUCUUCUGGCCACAGGAGGCAAAACGGUUUACUUCGGCGAAAUUGGGAGAAACUCCCAAACGUUAGUAGAUUAUUUUGUCCGCAACGGCGGCCCAGCUUGCCCGCCAGGUGCGAACCCGGCUGAAUAUAUGCUGGAAGUGAUAGGUGCUGCACCAGGCUCCCAUACGGAAAUCGAUUGGCCUUCAGUUUGGCGCAAUAGCAAGGAAUAUCAGGAAGUCCGUACAGAGCUUGCCAGUUUAAAAGAACUUGUCAAUUCCCCUUCAGCAGUGUCUGACCCAAACGACAAAUCCAGCUAUCAGGAAUUUGCUGCACCCCUUACAACGCAAUUGUACCAAGUUGGGCUGCGCGUUUUCCAACAAUAUUGGCGGACUCCGUCCUAUAUCUACUCCAAAGCUCUGCUUACUGUGGUUUGUUCUCUAUUCAUCGGAUUCUCCUUUUUUAAGAGUGACAACACCAUCCAAGGCCUACAGAACCAAAUGUUUGGUAUUCUGAUUUUCUUCUUUAUUGUGAUCCAAAUGAUGUUCCAGAUCAUCCCGGUAUUCGUCACCCAACGCACGCUGUAUGAAGCACGCGAGCGCCAGUCCAAGACCUAUGCAUGGCAGGCAUUUGCCUUAUCGAACAUUGCCGUUGAAAUCGCAUGGAACUCGAUCCUAGCCGUCCUGUGCUUCCUAGUAUGGUUUUACCCCAUCGGUCUCUACCGCAACGCCGAAUACACAGGAACCGUACACUCGCGCAGCAUGCUAGUAUUCCUAAUCAUCUGGGUUCUGUUCCUCUUCGCGAGUUCCAUGGCGCACAUGCUCAUUGCUGGAGUCGAGAGUGACGAGCUGGCGUCCGCCCUCGCCAACAUCCUCAGCAUCAUGCUGUAUGCCUUCUGCGGUAUUCUCGCUGGUCCUAACGCUCUCCCCCGCUUCUGGAUCUUUAUGUACCGCGUGAACCCCUUUACCUACGUCACUUCAGGCCUGUUGUCCGCCAGUCUGGGUAACGCCCCAAUGCACUGUGCCACGAACGAACUCCUUUCCUUCUCGGCUCCGCCAAACCAGACCUGCUUCGAAUACCUCGAGGCAUACAUGGCCUCUUAUGGGGGCGAACUCAUGAACCCGGAUGCUCGGGGCGCCGAGAACUGCCAAUUCUGCAGUGUAACCAAUACCAACGACUUCUUGAAGACAGUCAGUAUUGACUUUUCGACGCGGUGGAGAGACUUCGGAUUGGUGUGGGUGUACGUUGUCUUCAAUAUCAGCGCCGCGGUGUUUCUGUAUUGGCUUUGUCGGGUGCCCAAGGGGAAGAAAAAGAACUAA